GUUGGAAUAACCCUACCAAGUUUGUCUAUCUAAAACAGUGAAAUUCCACUACAAUAACUAUAUUUAACUGCACUGUCUUCUCCAUAAAUUAGCACUUCAAUGCUCACAAGAAGUGAACUUCAUAUAUCAGAAGAAGCCUGAAGUCUGCAGAAAAAUAAAUAAAUCAGAAUUUUUAAGUUUCUAGUCUAAUUACAUAUCAUAGGAAAAAUGCCGAAAUUUGGCAUGUUUGCAGGUGGUGGAUGCAUAUGUUGGGAUGAAUACCGUGACCAUGCUCAGACUUCUUCAGGUCUGGGAACCAGAGUUUGGAAUUUGACAGACAGGCCGAUAGAGUUGCAAGUAAGGGUGGGAUCAAUAUUGAAGAAGGGUCAUACUUUGAAGCCAGGCUCGUCGAAGAGACUUAAAUCUAAGAGCAUUUACAAAACUUACAUGCCGGUGAGCAGUGGCGGUACCUGUGGUGGUGAAGCAAUGAAGAGUUUGCUUUACUACUAUGAUGAAACAUGUCAGCCUUAUAUAUGGGUACAGGACAGUGUUAGUGAUUUUUCAAGAAUGGUGAAGCAACAGUAUAUUAGUCUUGAAGAUUUAAGAGACUGUUCUGAGAUUAAAAUCUUUAGAGAUCACCAGAGAGGUUGUAUUUCGGUUCGAAAGAAGGCCAGGCCAGACUUUUGCUGAAUUUUUCUUCCAAGUCACUUGGCAAGUUUUCUUACUUAUCUUUGUGUUGUUUGGGUUUGAAUUUUGUGUCAGAAGGAUUCCUGUGAGAAAAACUAGCGGUGUUUCGUGAUUUUAAGUACAAAUUUCUUUUACAGUACUUAUCUGUGUAGUUUUAAGGGACUUCAUACUUUGUUUAGACAAGCAUGAGGACUAAUUUUUACAUAUGUGCUCCAGAAAUUGCAAAGUUUGUGCUUGAAAUGAAGCAGUUCAGGUUUCACAAUGCUUACAUAAAAAAGCCUAUGGCUCUGAAAGUUCAAUUGUUUGUAACAUUCUCUAUUUACAAACCGUUUAUACCGAAAACUAUUAGAGUGAAAUUCCCUGUUUUUCCA